UUUAAGUUCCGUUAAUCGGAUUUCCGUAUCUGGUAACACCGUGCGGUUUCAUCUGAACUGACGUUGAAAAUCUCUUCCUUUUCGAUCGGAAAUAAAGUGCGACAAAAUGCUAGCACAAAAUGCAGUUGCCGGUGCUGAAGAACUUGCGCAAGCCAAAGGAAAAUGCGUCCAUUGCGCAAACGCAGCGGAAAGGAUCUGUCAGCGCUGCGGGGACUUCUACUGCUCCAAGCUAUGUCAGCGACAGGAUUGGCAACGUCAUCGCUACAUCUGCAUCCCGCUGCCCUCGUUGGUUUCUCCCAAUGAAUAUUCCGUGUUCCAGAGCGACGGGGAAUCAACUUUGGGGGGGGCAUGUUCCUUAAAUGCUGACAAAUCUGCAGAUUUGCAGUGCAAUAACGCCGGCAGUUCCAGCAUCAUUGCAGCCAAAAAUGAUAUUCCUGUUUCUCCGCCAAGCGGUGUAAUACAGGCGAAGAUUUGUAAGGAGGUCGGUGGUGUUUCCUACUUAUUUUUGGUCGAUCUUGGAAUUAAACAGCCUGGACCUUUUUCCGAUUUAAAGGCUAUCAGUGAUGUGUUAAUAGCACUGCCCUGUUCCAGCCAACUGGUGCAGCUCAAGAAUGUAUUGAAGUGUGACUAUUCCAAUGAUGUCAUUGCCUUCAACUCGCAAUUCGUGGGCAAGAAAUAUAUGGCAACCUUUAAAAAGGGCCCUGGAAUACACCUCGUGGAACUAGUAAACACGGAGAUGAACUUUUCGGUAAAUGAACAGUUAAAAGCAUUUUUCAACAGUAAGAAGUUGCUACGAAACCCAAAAUCUGUGGCCGAGAAUAAGAAGUCUGAAAACGAAACGAACGUGUCCUACAACCUUUUUGAGAUGCGUAGAUUUUCAAUCGAAUCUGAGGAAGGCAUUGAUCUCAUUGUUGUGGACAGUUCAAAAAAAAAUCGAGGUAUUUUUGGGGCCUUUGACAGCAAAUACGCCUCCGAAUUUCAUUCCCUGAAUAAAUGGUUACUAAUUAGAGACUGCGAGCCUUAUAAGCCAGUUGUCAAGGAAUAUGUGCUUGCCAGAUUUGAGGGUAACUGGGAUCGCGGCAAAGUGGAACAGAUUAUAGUUGUUCCACAGCAGCAGACGAAGUACCGGGUAAUGUAUCUCGAUUACACGAACGUAGGGGACGUAACCGAAGUGGAUAUCCGUCGAUAUCCAUCAGACUUCACCGUUCCCUGUUCCACAAACCUUUGCGUGAUUGACGAAUUUCCGCAGAACCCGAAUGCAGCUCAGGUUUCCUAUCUGGCGGAGGUUUUGAGGGUUCGCCGGUUAGUUCAUAUCGAUAGUGUCAAAUAUCUCAACCAUAUAGCCGUAAUUAAAUCGGGAAGCCUUAUUCAGAAGCUGUUGAGCUUGUAA